CUGGCGACGCCGCGGAUGUCGCUGCUGGGCAAGCCGCUCAGCUACCGCGUCACGCGACGCGACGCGCGUUACCGACGCCUCCAAUCCAAGUUCUAUAAUUUUCUUGAACGGCCGAGGGGUGUUAAGGCCGUCCUAUAUCAUAUGAUUGUGUUCCUGAUGGUGUUCAUGUGUUUGUCGCUGUCGGUAUUUUCAACAAUCGAAGAGUACGAGGCUAAAGCUGGAAUCGUCCUUUUCUACAUGGAGACAGUAGUCGUCGUAUGGUUCGCUAUUGAGUUUUUUUUAAGGUUGUGGUCGUCAGGAUGCAGAUCACGAUAUCAAGGAUCAAUGGGUCGCCUCAAAUUUUUGAGGCGACCAUUUUGUAUUAUAGAUGUCACAACCAUACUGGCAUCGAUGGUGGUGCUGGGUAUGGGGUCUUCGGGUCAAGUGUUUGCUGCGUCAGCGUUGCGAGGCCUACGAUUCUUCCAGAUUUUACGUAUGGUACGCAUGGACAGACGUGGCGGCACGUGGAAACUCCUUGGAUCCGUUGUAUACGCACAUAGACAGGAACUAAUAACAACGCUUUAUAUAGGCUUCCUGGGAUUAAUAUUUGCAUCGUUUUUAGUUUAUUUAGCAGAAAAAGAUGUCGCUGACACUAAGUUCAAAAAUUUUGCUGAAGCAUUAUGGUGGGGAGUUAUCACGCUGUGCACGGUGGGAUACGGGGAUAUGGUCCCGCAAACCUGGCAAGGAAAAUUCAUAGCCUCCUUUUGCGCGCUUCUUGGAAUAUCGUUUUUUGCCCUCCCUGCUGGCAUUUUAGGUUCAGGUUUUGCUUUGAAAGUACAACAGCAGCAGCGACAAAAACAUAUGAUUCGAAGAAGACAACCAGCUGCUACUCUAAUCCAAGCUUUAUGGAGAUGCUACGCGGCCGACGAACAUUCUAUGAGUAUAGCUACAUGGAAAAUCCAUCAAGUGCCGCUUCCCAGUCCACAAACAAGCCGUGUGAUGAGUGCAUCAUUCAAGAACAAUGCGUCCUUUGUGUCGCGGCUGCCGACGAUCCGACGACACAAGAGUACGUCCCUGCACUCCCCCGCGCCGCACUCCAAGCCUGCGCAUCGAUACGACGUCAACGCUAGUGCAGAAAACCUUGGCGCGACGAACGGCCGCUCAGGGCGCACUCGACCCAUCAACCCUUCCUACAGCGAGGACUCAGUGGCCGAGACGGCGCUCUCCAAGAAAAACUCUGAUGACGAAGACGAUGAGCCGCGUUGCGUCACAUUGACACCGCGUCACAAAGCUGCCAUUCGAUUUAUUAGAAAGAUGAAGUAUUUUGUGGCCCGACGUAAAUUUAAGGAAGCAUUAAAGCCCUACGACGUAAAGGAUGUAAUCGAACAAUAUUCCGCGGGGCACGUCGACCUGUUGGCGCGAGUGAAAAACGUCCAGACUAGGUUAGACCAAAUUCUUGGUAAGCAAGGUUCAAAGGCUAAAGAUGUCUACGCUUCUAAGAUAAGUUUAGCUUCCAGAGUAGUUAAAAUUGAAAGACAAGUAGAUGACAUAGAAAGUAAAUUGGAUCAUUUAUUAGAAUUGUACGAAGAAGAUAGAAGGUCCAUACGAAGGACCGGUAACGACUUAAACGGAGGUGCAGAAAGUGGGACUUCUGGAGAAGUUCCGAACAGAACUCGCCCAGCGUUGGCAGAUAAACAAUAUUCAGAACCAAACUCACCCGUGUCCCGUAAUUUUGAACAACCCACUCCAACCUCAACAAACCCAAUGCCAUAUAAGAGGCCGAUGAACAGAGGUUACUCGGAUCUAGGCACCAGAUUCAUGAGGAAAAAAGUCAUCGUUAAAACAUCGUCAAGUCGUUGCGAAGAAUCACCAAGGGAUGAUGAAGUAGUGAUAGUGGUACCAACAGAUCGUGAGGAUACGCCACCACGUCUGGUGACUGACAGUUCAGAGGUAUGUCCAAGCUGCUCGGUAGAAGUAGAGACGGAGGCGGAGGCGGGCGGCACGCGAUCGGGUAGCUCCGGCUCGCCGUCGUGGGGGGAGGGCGAGGCGGCCGACGAGCGCGGCUACGGCUCCGGCGACUCGCUCGCCGAGGACGCGGCGCUGCUGGGUGAAGCUAUCCAGCCAGAGCAUCCUCCGCGCAUGAUGCGGCCUCACAGGCGAGACGUCGCUGUCGACCUCCACCUUUUGCGUCCCGACGUAUGA